UUGAGAAUGGUUUUGAACCGAACCGCAUUGGUUUGAAAAGCAUCGUCACGUGGGAUUUGUCGAAAUGGAAAUGAAAAUUGCAAACACCUUCCUUGUUCAAGUUUGAGGUCCAACUUAGCUCCCAAUUCUCACACUCUUAUGGAUUCUUCUUCUUCUUCGCCCCAGGAGCAAUAUGUAACUGAGGCUACUGAGAAUUAUGAGACAACGUGCUGGGGUUGUGGACUGCGUGUUUUGCUUCAAUCGUAUGCAUCUGCUUUCAAAUGUGGCUGGUGUGGGGCCAUUACAGAUCAGAGCAAACAGAAACGUGACCAGAAAUGCAUCAGGUGGAGAGUAGUGCGUGAUCGAUGCUUUGUUUCUGUUGUCCUCGUAUUUAUGUCUUUUGUAAUAUUUGGUGGGGUGUGGGCAGUUUAUCCUGUUGUCUUUUCUGUCAGUAUUCUUUGUGGAGUUUUUCACUCAAUCAUUACAGCAAUCUUGUCCAUAGCUACCAUUUGUUUCUUCAGCUUUGCAUCAUUUAGAUGUGCUGGCACGCCACCAAAUAUAUUAUGGGGAAGCUACCCCACUGUAGGGAAAGAUGACCUUGACAAUUAUACUUUCUGUCCCUACUGCUCAAAGCCAAAGUCACCUAGAGCUCAUCAUUGUCGUUCUUGUAGAAAAUGUAUACUGGACAUGGAUCACCACUGCCCGUUUAUUGGGAACUGUGUUGGUGCAGCUAAUCACCGCAGCUUCAUUGCCUUCCUCAUUUCUGCAGUGCUGAGCACAAUCUACGUCUCUAUCAUGUCUGUAUAUUCAGGCUUGCGUACGUGGCCACCAUUGGAGUACUCCCUUGGACGCUUAAAUGGGGUUAGUAGCAGUGAUCUGGCAUGGAGAAUUAUGAAUGAAAUUUCUGUUGCAUUCCUGAGAUCUGCCCUGCUUCUUUCCUCUAGGGGACUCAUUCUUGCUUAUCUGUUCAUUGCAAGUGUUUCGUUGCAGAUAGGAUUGAGCGUUCUUUUAUGGCAGCAGCUCUCCUACAUAUACCAGGGUAAAACUUAUUUGAGUCAUUUGAGUUCACAAGCAGAUAACGAAGAAGAAAAGAAAGAUUGCCAAAAUCUUGUUAGAUUUUUUGGUCUUCAAUAUUCUGUAACGAGAUUUUUGCCAAACUUUCGUGUUACUCAAAAGAGACACAUCAAAUGAAACAAUCAUGUUUUGUAGUCAAGGACUUCUUUGACACCUUGACAAUUUGUAUCAAAGUAUAAUUGGAAUUUUUUCAGAAAAGAUCUUUUCAACGUGUAUAAACUUGUGGAUUAGCAUAAAUUGUUGACAAGGAGUGUCAGAAGUGCUAGUCAAUAAGCGUUGGCUGUGGAUUAGUUUCCAAUUUUAUUUAGGAUUACCCUGAAUGCGGUAUGGGAGUCUUAGGAUCACGUUCAUCAUUGUGUUUUUGACCAAAAUCUACUGGGUAAUGCAUCGGGCAUGCAAUUUAAAACCAGGAGCAGAACUAAUAUGUUAAAGUUUUUUCUGAUUUUAUUUUUGUACAGUGCUGGUAAUAGUGUGCUUCUGUAUAUGACCUACUCUUGAGUUAAUUUUGACUAGCAAUGUAAUAUUGGAUGUUA